AUGGGUGCGAUCGAAAAGAUACAGCAGAUCCAAGAUGAGAUGGCAAGGACGCAGAAGAAUAAGGCCACGGAAUAUCACCUUGGUCUUUUGAAAGGAAAAUUAGCAAAGCUACGCAGAGAGCUCUUGGAACCUGCUCCAGGUGCUUCUUCCGGAGGUGGACAGGGAUUCGAAGUGGCCAAGGCUGGUGAUGCCCGCGUUUCUUUAAUUGGGUUUCCUAGUGUCGGUAAAUCUUCUUUCUUGUCGAAGGUGACGAAUACAAAGUCAGAAGCAGCCAAUUAUGAAUUUACCACGUUAACAUCUGUGGGUGGAAUAUUAGAAUAUAAUGGUGCAGAAGUGCAAAUUGUAGAUUUACCUGGUAUUAUUAAAUCAGCAUCUCAAGGUAAGGGUAGAGGGAGACAAGUUAUAGCUGUUUCGAGGACAUCGGAUUUGAUAAUGAUGGUUUUAGAUGCAACCAAAGGGGAUGAUCAGAGAGAGAUCCUAGAAAACGAAUUAGAAAUAAUGGGUAUUCGUUUGAAUAAGGAGCGUCCCAAUAUCUCCCUCAAAAUGAAAAAAAAUGGAGGUAUUAAGUUGAACUCGAUAUCUCCUCCAAAAUACUUGAAUGAAGAAAUUGUGGCUGGAUUGUUGAAAGAUUACAAAAUUCAUAACGCUGAUGUGCUUAUAAAAGAUGAAAAUGUCACAGUGGACGAUUUCAUUGAUAUAAUAAAUGAUCAACACAUUUCUUAUAUCAAAUGUUUAUAUGUUUAUAACAAGAUUGAUGCGGUUUCUUUAGAGGAAUGUGACAGAUUAGCAAGAGAGCCUAAUACUGUUGUGAUGUCUUGUGAAUUAGACUUGGGAAUUGCUGACCUUAAGGAGGAGAUAUGGAGAAAGCUUAAUCUUAUGAGGAUAUACACAAAGAGAAGGGGAAUUCAACCAAAUUUUAAUGAUCCAAUGGUUGUCAGAGAAAACUCUUCUAUACAACAAGUUUGCGAUGCCAUACAUAGAGACAUGAAAAACAAUUUCAAAUAUGCUUUGGUAUGGGGUUCAAGUGCGAAGCAUUCGCCCCAAAAGUGUGGUCUCAACCAUCCGGUUCAUGAUGAGGAUGUGAUACAAAUAGUUACUAAAUAG